AAUAUGCCUUCAAUUUAUUAAAGACAAUGGUCGAUCACAAUGUUUCAAGUGGAAGGAAAUCCAAAUAGACGUGGAAAAAAAAAAUUGGGCGUUCAUUUAGUAACUUGAGUAGUUGCAAGUAAAAUAUGAUACAAUGAGAAGAGAUUGGCGUAAUUGGACUAAAUUAAAAUCUUUGAAAACUGGUCACGGGUGGGAUCCAAAUUCUGGAAAAAUUGAUGCAUUAGAUGAGUGGUGGCAAAGAAAAAUCAAGGAAAAUCCAGAUAUUAAAAAGUUUCGACACAGGGGUGUCAACUCAACUCUUGAAAUUAAUUGGGAUAAAUUAUUUGGAGACUCGUAUGCAACGGGUGAAAAUGUUUAUGUACCCUCAAUGGACCACAUUGAAGACCUUACAGUAGGGAAUGAAAAUACUGAGGAAGAGUUUGUAGAAAAUCGUAGAGUUGAUGAUUUCACAACUGAAUUAUUAGAUGAAGGGAACUUUUUUCGAAAUUUUUUGGAACAAGCAAGAAAUGGUGCCACCUCAGGUAAUCGAGGAGGUGUUUCACAAGUAAUUAGUGAAGGUGCAGAUAAUGACAUGCAUUCUUCUAAGAAGCAACCUAUGACAAAGCAGAAUAGUGUACCAUUGAAGCGUGCAAGAAGGCAGUCUGCUGGAUCUGCCAUGUUGGCUAAGGAAAUAAGAAAAAUAUCACAAUGUGUCAAACUUAUGAGUAAAAGCAGCUCUAUUGAUAGCAUUGAUCCAUCUAUGUCCACAAUCGUUGCAGCAAUGAAAAUGCUUAAUCGUAUGGUAGAAAAUUACGAAUUAGAAAAAUGUAGUGAUUUGUGGUUUUAUGCUACUACUGUAAUUCAGGAUCCCAGUAGUAGGGAAGUCUUCUUUAGUAUGGAGGAUGAUGAAACUAGGGUUAAGUGGUUGCAAUACUUGCUUAACGAGAAAAACAAGCAUUUAAGCUUCUUUAGUUUAAGACUAAUUUCUUAUUUGCUUUUACAUGUUUUUAUUGUGUUUGAAGUGUAUGGAUAAUAAGUUUCUUGUAUUUUUUUUUCUUUUGAGGAUGUAGUUGAAUUUAUAUUUCAUAUGAAUUUACUAAAAUCUUUGUUUAUGGUGCAUAUAAUUGUGGUUUGCUUCAUAAUUGGCAGGUUCAACAUAAUAUGAAUGUCGAAAGAAAACGCAAAUUGUGUAUUGCAAUAGCGUACACAAUGUCUCUAAUAAUUACAUAUUAUUAUAAGUACAUUUACAAGGAACCGUGCAUGACUUCAAUUUUAACGGGGGAGAUGUGGAUGAAAGAAGUGAUAAAUGGCCACCCUAUUCGAUGUGUCAAUGCAUUUAGGAUGGAGCCUCAAUUAUUUUUGAGAUUAUGUAAGGACUUAUCAUUAAAUUAUGGGUUGAAA